AUGUUUGUUACAGAGUAAACAGUUCCAUUAUUUCCACAACAAUUAAUACAAGAACGAUCUUUAUCUGAUGGAUCAAUAAAAAUCUUAAAAACAUCAACAGAUGAUUCAUUAUUAUUAAUAAAAACUUCAACAUUAAUCUCUAUUCCAUUAAAUUCUUCAAUAUCAUUAAAUGAUCCACGUUUAAAAACUUUUAAACAAACUCGAAAUAUUUUCUAUCACGAAUUGCAAGCUGUUAAACAUGCCUUACAACAACAAAAACGUCUUAAUCAUUAUUAUGAUUUAAAAAAUGGUUUAACACCUAAAGCAAGUUAUACAGUUAUAUCAUAUAUUAUUCGUCAAGUAUCAAAUGAUGAAUAUGAACGUUUACUAAAACCAAAAACAUAUAAUCAAAUGUAUAUCGAUUUCGAACAAAAUGAAAAUCGAUUAGCAUAUGAACAAAUUGAAAUGUCAAAUGAAUUAAUUGAACGUGAAAAAUAA